AUGAGAUCAAUGUUUCGUCAUCGCGAUCCAGCGGAAUGCGUCUCAAAACAUCGACGGGCUGUUCAUAUAAUGAUGACAGACACUAAGAACUCUGGAAUGAAUCCCUCGCAAAGCAAAACAUUCUCGGGGAGGCCAACAACCAGAUGUGACGGAUGGACUGCUGAAAAAUCUCAGCCGAUAACUAGUGAUGGAUCUGGACCUCACAAACGUCGCCGCCGCCGUUCAAUACCAACAUCGUGA